AUGGAGGAGUUAUCAAUUCAACGUCAGAAGAGAAUUGCAGAAAGGAGUGCUGCUGGCAGUAGUCCGGCAACAUCUAAGAGAAUCCCAGCAGGGAAAAUAUCUACUGCAACCUCCACAAAGAAUGAGAGGCCUAAAGUCCAAUCUCCAAGCCAAGAAACUAGGAAAUCAGUCUUUAGAAGUACUACCAUUGAUCGCCUUGCUACUGCUCGGGCAAAACCAAAGGUGCCACCAACUGAAUCAAAACCUGCCCAACCCAAAAAGGCAACCUUGGAGGCAACUAAAUCAAAACCUGCCCAACCCAAAAAUGCAACCUUGAAGGCAAAUGGUCUAUCGCAGAAGGCUGCUGGUGCUGGAAAUAAUAAACCUAGUCCAAACACAGUCAAACAUGACAUCAACCGAAAGGAGGAUGGAACAAUAGCUACAGCAGCGAAGCCUGUGGAUUUAGUAACUACACAAGCAGCUCAAUCUGUAGAUGGAAUUGGUGAUUUCAAAGACUUUAAGGAGUUAUGCAGUGUUGCCUCAACAGAGAAGAAUGCAGGAAAUAUGAUUUCAGGAGAUAACAUAGAUGAUAAAGGCUGCAAUGGUGAUUCACUUAACAUUGACUCUUCUGCCCAACAUGAUCACUCAAAAUCAGGGGACGAGGGGUUCACUAAAGUAGCUCCAGUUGUCUGUGAAGUCAUAAAAACUUUUGAUGAUCUUGGUCAGUACAUAUCUGAAACUAAAAUGCAUCUUGUACCAGAGUCACCAAAUAAGGCUCUGAACCUAUGUGCUGUUGAUAAUAGAGAAAAUGGUGGAUUCUGUGAAAUUUUGGAGUCCCACGAAAAAUCUGAAAUAGAAAUAUCGACCCCACCACCUGAUGUAAUAAACCCAGAACCAGUCCACUCCAGGAAGAAAUGGAGCAGGGAUGAGAACUCUCCUAAAGCUGCAAAAGGGUUUAGGAAGCUUCUUUUGUUUGGAAGGAAAGGCUGA